AUGUUUCACAUUGUGUUGUUCAAGUGCGACCCGGCCUCGCUUCGAUCGCAAAUUCAUCCGCGUCAAGAAGUCAUCCAAAUUGUCUUCGACCAGGAACGGGAGCACUACAUUACGAUUUGCGACAAGAACGAUUCGAAGUUGUGCUACGCAAUUAAAAUCGAGAAGAGGAUCAAGAACAGGAUUCACUCCAAGCUGAAAAUGGAGAUAAGCAUCCUCAAGAUGGUGGCCAAUGAGCGAAAAGGAACAAGCGAGCGCAAUCAUUUCACGGCGAUUAUCGACCGCGGAAAGAAGGAAUACUACUACUUUCUCAUCAUGCAACUCGCAAAUCGCUGCAGGAUCUCAAGAAAGAUCGCCCUA